AUGAACGCCAAUGAACCGAUAGAAGUGAUUCGAUCGCACCGAGAUGAUGGUGAAUCCAUCCAUACUACUUCCCGACGAGGACAUGAAGACCCGCAGGCUCACUCGGAACUUGAACUUCCGGCUGUCGAUCCAGACGAAAAAUACAAUCGUGACGUUCCUCCAGAUGGAGGAUAUGGCUGGGUCUGUGUUGCCUGUGUUUUUUGGAUAAAUGCGCAUACUUACGGCGUGUUUCUCAGUUACUACCUCUCUCAUGAUGUCUUCCCGAAUACAUCGGCCCUUGCAUAUGCCUUCACCGGCGGCCUCAGUAUCUCUUGUGCACUCCUCGUGGCCCCGUUAGCCACUCAUCUCAUCCAUGUACUCGGCACUCGCUUUGUGCUGAACCUGGGAGUAUUCUUCCAAACUCUCUCUCUCAUUGGCUCGUCAUUCGCAACACAGAAAUGGCACAUCUUCCUCAGUCAAGGUGUCUGUUUCGGCUGGGGCAUGGGGUUCCUCUUUGUGGGCAGCGUUGGUAUCUCUCCGCAGUGGUUUCAUAAGCGCCGCAGUGUUGCCCAGGGAAUCACUGCAGCUGGGUCCGGACUCGGUGGUUUGAUAUACUCUCUUGCAGUGGGAGCAAUCAUCCCCCGUUAUGGUCUGGGAUGGGCCUUCCGUAUCCUGGGGAUCGUCUCAUGCGUUGUGAACCUGGUGUGUGGAAAUCUGCUCCGAGACCGCAAUAAGCUCGUCGGCAGCCGUUUCACAGCUUUCCAUUUCCCACUUCUACGCCGUCCGGAGUUUUUACUCUUCUUGGGGUGGGGUAUCUUCAGCAUGUUAGGCUAUGUUGCGUUAUUGUUCAGCCUCGCCAAUUUCUCUCUAUCCGUUGGCCUCACGUCACACCAGGGCAGUACUGUCUCAGCCCUGCUGAACCUGGGACAAGGUCUCGGCCGGCCCUUUGUAGGCAUGUUCAGUGACCGGCUUGGCCGCAUCAAUAUCGCUACCAUCCUGAGCUUUGUUUGUGGCUUGUUCUGCCUGGUAAUAUGGAUCUUUGCAGACAGCAUGGGCGUUGUCUGUUUCUUUGCCGUCAUCGUUGGGACUGUCUCGGGGACUUUCUGGGCCACUGUCUCUCCGGUACUGGCUGAGAUUAUCGGUCUACGGGAUCUACCCUCUGGUCUGAGUAUAACCUGGCUCACCCUCGUUGCACCUUGCACCGUAUCCGAGGCUAUUGCCUUGCAGCUUCGGAGCGGCACAUCAGAUGGUGGAACUAGUUACCUCAAGGUCCAAUUAUUCACGGGCUUUACCUACAUUGGUGCUUCGUUGUGUCUGUGGGUUGUUCGAGGAUGGAAGGUUGGGGAGCUAGAGCGUGCUCAGCAACGCCGGGAUUCUAUCGCCCGAGAAGCACCCCUCACCGAGGGGGAGAAGCAGGACCGUCCUGCAACGGUUGCAUCUUCUGCGCCGUCUGCGGAUGGCGGCGAGGUCCGAAUCUGGGCGCUAUUUGCCCUGAUGCGUAGAAUGAUUGCACUAAAGCGAGUCUAA